AUGUUAGAUGAAAUGGAGAAUAUGGUGGUGAACUGGCCACUGAUGAGAUAUUUGAAUCUUUGUGAAUGUGGGCUCUUUGGGUUCCCGAUCCUCAACACUCCAAAAUUAUCAAAGUUGUUGUUGAAAGGUAAUAAUAUCGGGUUAAAAGAGCUAUGUAGGUUGAAAAAGAUAAAAAGUUUGAGGUAUUUGGCCCUUGAUGAAGUUAAUGUCGCUACAAGAAGGGCUGUUGGUACGGAUUUAAUAAUAUGUUCAAAAUAUCAAUGA